UGACAGUUGACAGUGACCUUGACGCGAACUGGCGCGAUAAACGUACCAAGCUGGCGUCGGUUGGCGCUGACGUAGCAAAAAUGGCUGCGUUCUUUCAGGUGAAUUGCACCUAUUGCGCGGAGGAAAUAAACGGGGUGCGUGUACAAUGCUGCGAGUGUGUCGAUUUCGACAUAUGCCUACAGUGCUUCAGCAGCGGUGCAGAGAUCAGCUCACACAAGAAUGAUCAUUCCUACAGACUUAUUGAACCUUGUGCUGGCGGUGUGUUUGGCGGACGUGAUAAUUGGACUGGCCAGGAGGAACUGCAACUGUUGGAAGCCAUGGAUCUGUGCAGUUUUGGCAGUUGGGAACAUGUUAGUAAACUAAUUGAAACAAGAACACCUGAAGAAGUAAAAGAGAAGUACAUGUCGCGAUAUUUUGAUGGAAGAAUUGGCAGGGCUACUUGGAGUGAAAUUGGUGACUGCAGGCCAGUCCUAAUCGAUCACACAUCACCAGACAAAGGUCCACUUGCGCCUGAAAUUACAUCACGCUUGCCACCAAUUGAUGCAACGCCCGAGGAAGCCGCCCAGGUGGGCUAUGUCGCGCAUCGAGAUGAUUUCGAACGCGAGUACGACAUCGAAGCGGAACGUUUGGUGUUCAUGCUGCAGUUGAAGAUGAACGAGGACACUGAGAUGGAAAUCGCGUUGAAACUGGCUCAGGUCGAUAUGUAUACGCGCCGGUUGCGUGAACGCAAUCGACGGAAACGACACGUUCGAGAUUAUCAACUUGUGGCGAAGUUUAACGCGGAAGAGAAGAAUAAAGACCAACCAUCUGAUUUAACAACGGAUCAAAAAGAAUUUCGAUACAAGAUGAGAGUUUAUAGCCAAUUCUUCACAUCAGGAGAGCAUCAAAGACUAAUAGAAAACAUAGAAAAGGAGAGGGAAUUGAGACACAGACUGGCCGAAUUGCUGAAGUAUCGAAGUCUUGGAUUAACAACACAGGACGAGAUUGUUCACUAUGAGCAACACGCCGCGUUCCAGCAGGAACAACACGUCCACCAUCGGAAAACUGGCAGCAGUGGCUUCAGAAGCAUAGAGGAGCACCACUCAGAAAACGGAAACGGCGAAGCAAACCGAAGUUCAAUCGACGAAAGGUCUGCAUUGCUGCACGUCGACGCGCCCGCCAGCAGCAGCAAUUGCAGCUGCAGCCAGCUGGAUAGUUCAAAAUUGCCGCCCAUUACCACCCUUCCCAAGGCUUACUUACUCUCACAUACUGAAUUACAGUUUUGCACGAUUUUAUGCCUCCUACCAGCCCACUAUCGAACGUUAAAGUGCAGCAUUAUACUUGAUAAUAUUAACUCGAAUGGUAAACGAAGAAAAUUAGACGAGUCCGUGUGCAAUGGCAACGAACUGAAGCUGAAAAUCAACGAACCGCCGACGAUCAAAGAUGUGAUUACAGAGUAUCUGCGCGUCUGCGGAUGGUUACCGACGUGUCCAGUCGAUUAAAAUUAUCAGGAAAUAAUUUGUUUAUUCAUUGUGGGACUCUGGUCAGAUUUUUGGUGGAAGAUUGGGAGAGGGAUAUACCAAAAAAUAUGUUAUAAGUAAACUGUUUUACUUAAGCGUUGGUUGUGAGCACCAGCACGACGUCUUGAAACUAAACGAGAGGCGAUUAUACAAAAAAUUAUGUUCAAAGCUGAAAUGUUUGUGCACGCGCUUUUGCAUUUAUGCGAAUCUAGCAUUCACGUACAUCUCAGGCGUCUGUCUGCGCCACUUUAACUGAUGCAUCUACUCUCAUUGUAUAUAUUAUGUUGUUAAAUUUAAGUUAUUGUGAUAUAUUAAAAGAUGCGAUUAGGAAAUGAA